UUUAUUUCCCCAACCUAAAGUGGCACAAAGGGCCCGAAUUCAAUCCGGUUCGCAUGCAAAGCAUAAACCUAAAACCCACGCUGUUUUGCCUUGAAGAAUCUCUCCCGGAGAUAUAGCCAUUCUGUUUGCAAUUGUGUGGAAGCUAUUUGUUUUGUUGUUAAAACCCUCUACUUCACAAGCUUCAGAUCAUCAUUCAGUUUAUAGAUAAGAGAAACUCUCAGUCAUAACAAUGGCAGCUGUUUUGGAUGAGCAGACUGCAAACAAGGUCAUUCGCCAGGUGGAGUUUUAUUUCAGUGACAGCAAUCUUCCGCGGGAUAAGUUCUUGAAAAAAUGUAUUGAAGAGAGCGAAGAUGAGAGGGUCAACCUCGCUUUGAUUUGUUCUUUCAAGCGAAUGAAGGAGCAUUUGGGUUUGAAAGAAGAUGUAGGGCCUGACAACGUUCCCGAGGAAAGUGUUGCUGCCGUGGCAGAAGUGCUGCGGAAAUCUGCUUCUACUCUCCAACUCUCUGAAGACGGCAAGCGGGUCGGGCGGAUCAAUAAAUUGUUAAAACCUGAGGAAAUUCUAGAACAGGUGGACACAAGGACUAUUGCCGCGACUCCUUUUCCUUAUGAUGUAAAACUUGAAGACGUUGAACAGUUUUUUGGCCAGCAUGGAAAGGUUAAUAGUGUACGAUUGCCUCGUCAUGUUGCAGCGAACAAAGUAUUUUGUGGCUGUGCUCUUAUAGAAUUCUCAUCUGAGGAAGAAGCUAAUGCCAUCUAUAAACUGAAGCUGGACUAUGGUGGUGCAGAAUUGGAGUUUAAGUCAAAGAAGGAGUUUGAUGCUGAAAGGAAGGCUUUAUUAGAAGAAAUCAACAAUGGUGAGCCUGGGUCCAUGGGGAACAACUGGCAUAAAAAUACUUGUGCUGAAGGUGCUUCGAUGGAUAACAGUUAUCCAAAAGGUAUGGUCAUAGCAUUUACUUUGAGGAAAUUAUCCCAGCAAAACUCUGGGGAACAGAAUGAUUCUGCUAGUCCUGAGGAGGCUAGAGAGGAUGAUAAAUCUGCAGAGGCAACAAAUGAAGUUAAUCCUGGGGAUGAAACGGAUGGAAAGAAGUCUGGAGAUGAAGAUAAUAAGGAGAAUGUAGAGAAAAUUACUCGUGAAGAUUUGAAAAAGAUAAUGAAUAAAUAUGGAAAUGUGAAGUAUGUUGAUUAUUCUAUGGGAGAAGAUUCUGGAUAUAUCCGUUUCGAACAGCCUGAAGCAGCUCAGAAAGCACGAGCAGCAGCUGUACUUUCUGAAGAAGGUGGCUUGAUUGUAAAGAAUUUUGUCGCUGCAUUAGAACCAGUUGAUGGGGAUGCUGAAAGGGACUAUUGGGCAAAACUUCGUGGCUUACAAGGAAGGCGGCGAGAAAAUAGUGUCUAUAAUAGGGGAAGAGGUGGACGUGGCAGAGGAGGAAGACAAUCAUUUAAUAAUCGUAACUCAUAUAACAAGGAUAACAAACACAAGCGAAGUGGAGAGAAUACUGAAUCUGGAAAAGAUGAACGACCAAAUAAAAUCCAGAAGGUGGAAGACAAGGCCGAAGCUUCCAAAGAAGUUGAGUGUAAUUGAACAUGCAAGAGAACUAAGCAGAUUAUGCUAUUUGAGCACUUUGUUCGUUUCUGUAUUUCAAGUGAACCAAUUUUGAUUCUCCUGUAUUUCUUUCUUUCUUCUUCUCCCAUAAGAAGGGAUGACAUUAAUAAUUUUUUUGGAGUAAGGGAGAAAUAUAUGGUAGCUUUAUUGUCAAGGAUUCAUAGUGUGAAUGCCCCUGGGAUGUUAUGAAAAACCUCUGCCACAAAAUUAAGUUAUAUUCCACAGCGGUCUUAAUUUGCCAGUGUAAAAUGGCAUGUAAAUCUUAAGCAUAGCUUAUAGUUUUGUAUAGUUUAGAUACACAUUUGGAGGCUAUAAAUCUAGUUUCUUUAUAUUA